AGCUACAAAAAUAAAGGUGGUUCAACAGCCUUACCCGUCUUAUACUUCAACGAAAAGCCUCGUCUUUUAAUCUUCAAGUUCCCAUCUUUCUCUUGUGUACCUCCUCGACAGUGGAUCUAAGACGGGAUCAUCUUGAUUCAAGGUGCUUUGCUUCUCUCCGACUUGUCUCACUAUUCCCAACACUGGAUUCUGCAAGUGAGUGCUCUGUUUGAUAGACAUAACUGAGACAAGGGAACAUAAGAUGAAGGCGACAAAGAGGCCGAUCCACGCAGUGACUACAUGGGUCCGGAGGCAGCCGCCCAAGAUCAAGGCUUUUUUAGCUGCGGUUUCUGGGAUGGCAGCUUUAGUUUUUAUUCGGAUGGUGGUUCACGAUCACGAUAACCUCUUCGUUGCUGCCGAGGCUGUUCAUGCCAUUGGAAUCUCCGUCCUAAUUUACAAGCUCAUGAAGGAGAAAACUUGUGCUGGACUUUCACUGAAAUCACAGGAGUUGACUGCUAUGUUUUUAGCCGUUAGACUCUAUUGCAGUUUGGUGAUGGAAUAUGAUAUACACACGUUACUUGAUUCGGCUACAUUGAUAACCACACUAUGGGUGAUUUAUAUGAUUCGCUUCAAACUGAGGUCCAGUUACAUGGAUGACAAAGAUAACUUUGCAAUUUACUAUGUGUUGAUUCCUUGUGCUGUGCUAUCUUUGAUUAUUCAUCCAACAACAACACAUCAUAUAAUAAACAGGAUUUGCUGGGCUUUCUGUGUUUUUCUUGAAGCUGUUUCAGUAUUGCCUCAGCUCUGGGUCAUGCAGAACACAAAGAUUGUUGAACCUUUCACAGCACAUUACAUAUUUGCACUUGGAGUUGCAAGGUUCUUGAGUUGUGCGCAUUGGGUGCUCCAGGUAUGGGAUACUCGUGGACGUCUUCUGACAGCACUGGGGUAUGGAUUGUGGCCUCCAGUCGUCCUCCUUUCAGAAAUUGUCCAGACAUUCAUUCUCGCCGAUUUUUGCUACUACUAUGUGAAGAGUCUGCUUGGAGGACAACUUGUUCUACGUCUUCCCUCAGGAGUGGUGUAAAGGCAAAGUUGAAUGUGCAGAUCUCAGCAGUGCAGAGCUGCUUCUAUGGCGGCAUUUGGGAUUUAGUUUUACAGUAGGUGGUGUGUAAAGUUUGGAGGUGCAUUGGAUUUUCUCAUAAUUUAAUAAUUUAAUAUAAUUAGAGCAGUAGGAUUUUAUAUAUUAUACAGGAUUCUGAUUGUUCUCUCGUCA